AUGGAAAAUCUGGGCAAUGAUGUCUUAGAAAACAUACUUUUCCGGUUACCUUUAGGGACAGCUUCUUCACAGGAUAAACGUGUGUGCAAGUCAUGGAAAACUAUCCUGACUAAUAGACCUAAUAAGGAGGUAGGUUACCAUUUCGCAUGCCGUUACUACAAAUAUGGCUGCAGAAACAAUAAAACCAAUAAAAUCAAGUUGUACUUCGGAGUGGAAUAUGAUCAUAUUGAUAGUAAUAAGAUGACAAACUAUUACUACUCUUGUGAAACACUCAUGGAGAUGGAGCACUGCAGAUUUGCUUUUACAUCCUAUCAAGAUGAUAUCCUGGUUGGAUCAUGCAAUGGAUUGGUUUAUUUGCAGAAAGACGUUUCUACUAUCCAUAAGGCUGAACCUUUCUCAAUAUGCAAUCCCCUAACUGGAGAAUUUAUUAUUCUUAAAGCGAAUUUGAGUAGGGUGAUGGAUGGUGAACCUAAACAAGUUAGUAAUGCGUUCGGUUACUGUCAAUCCACAAAUGAGUACAAGGUUGUUAGGAUUGUUUAUACCUUCAAAUCCAACUGGCAGCUUUCACGCGUCCAAGUAUAUACGAUCGGCAGCAAUGAGUGGAGAGAUAUAGAAACUUGUAUAGACCACAUAUUCUUUGCUUCUGGUAUCUUUGCUAAUGGUGUUCUUCAUUGGUUGAAUAAUGGUUUUGAAGAACGUAAGCACAUUGCGGUGUUCGAUUUGGAAGAUGAAAAGUUCCGAGCGCUCCCACUACCACCUACUGAGGUACUUGAUCGUCGGCUUGUUUCUGAUGUCCUCAAUUUUUUGGGUGGGAAUUUAUGUUGGGUUCAGAGAGAUAGCUGUAGUACAGACAUAUGGGCAUAUAAGAGAAGCAACACUAGCAACCCUAGAUGCGGCACCGAAGAGUAUGAUCAGAAACGGGACUACUAUAGCGGAAAUUCAUGGAACUGGGUCAAGGAAUUUAGUAUGUGCCAGUGUUAUCACGAGCCAUUUGCAAUUACAAAAACCAAUCAAGUAUUAUUGUCGGGUGGAAAGAAUAUCUAUCGUUAUGACCUUAAAACUCGAACUAUUAGCAAACUUGGGGAUGAUGGGAGUGUUAUGGGCAGCUCAAGAAUUCAAGUAAUUCAUCAUGCAAACAGCUAUGUUUCGUUGAAAGAUUUUGGGGAGACAUGGUACGGGCCGGGGUGUUCUGCAGUUCCUCAAACAUAA